UAAAACUUGGUCUAGGGCUUGGAGUUUUGAUGUUGUUCGCAGCUCAGUGAAGUAACAUGAAACCUUUGUCACCGAUUGGGUCCCCCUCUCCUUUGAGGCUCCUUAACAAGGGUCCAGACUACCUGCGCAGGCAGAUAGAUGGAGGAGGCCAUGGCCGCUUUGUCAGCGCUGUGGAGAGACUAGAGGCUGAUAAAGCCAAGUAUGUGAAGACUCAACAAGUAAUCAAUACCAAGCAAGAACCAGUGCUGGCACCCUGUGCCACACCGCCACCGCAGCCACGACGAGCAAUUUCCGUCCCCGGUAGCCUGACUCCUCAUCUUCCCCUGCGCCGUUCAUCCUACACCCCCUUCUCGACACUCUCUGGCUCCUUCACCUCAAAGGAUGAAAAUGAAAAUGAUGACGCAAGAAAGGAGAACAGACGGACCUCUGUUGAUGUUGAGGCUCAUAACAGGAGCAACGUGAACAACUUGACGACUCCCAGCCCCAGGACACCUCGGGUUAUUGGUCUGGUAGCACCACACAGCGCCCCUGUUCUCAGAAGGAGUACAGGCAAACGUAUGCUGAGGCCAGACUCCCUUGUCAUCUACAGACAAAAGAAAGAGUGCAAAAACCCCAACAGUGCUACCGUGGGAGAAAACGACAACAUGGAGAUAAAGGGCUACAGUUUUGUUCGCCGGCUCUUCCAAGGAUCCAUGAGGGAGAAAGGAAACGGAGGUGAGAGCCGAAUCCAGAAGAUGGUGAUUGGGGAAGAGAAAGCAACGUCGCGGGAUGGAGACUCGCGUAUGUCUUGGACCAAUGACAAAGAUGCAACAGAUGGGGGACCAAUGAGUAGGAGGUCUAGUAAAACUGACCAAGAGCGAAGCCCAGAGUCUAUUCAAAGUCCAGGUUUUAGCUGCACUGUUGAACACACAAACAACGGGUUUACAAAUGGCACCGUAGAUGGAGUAAGCGCUGGUAUCACCGAUGUCAAGAACAACGAUGACCCGUGGAAGCGAGCGUCCCCGCCGCCAACAAGACGGCAGUUUGGGGAGUUGCAGCGCUCCAAGUCAGACUUACAGCUGCGCUCCUCAGUAGCAUUAUCAGAACAGGAGCAUUUCUUUGACUUUUGCGGGCUGGACAUAGACUUGAUCGACCGUCUGGGUCGGGAGAAUUUCCUCUUUGGUGCCAGUUCUAUAGACACACUCUCACUGGCUCUCCGCAGCGUGGGCACAGACAGUUGUGGUGGGUCAGAACCCAGUGAGUUCUCCCGCCACUCAGGAGAUGGACUGUUUCAGGACGAACUGGCCGAGCAGCUUCCCACCGGUGUGUCAAUCAUCGAGAGAAACGCUCGAGUCAUCAAGUGGCUUUAUGGGUGUAAAAAUGCUGCUCAGGAGGGACCAAAAGAGUCAACAGUUUAG